AUGUUCGCCAAGCUCGCCUCUGUUGCCGUCCUCGCCUCUGCCCUCUUCGCAGGAGCUGCUGCCAAGCCUCUGCCAACCAACCGCCUUGACGCCCGUGGCUUCCACUCCUUCAACAACUGGGGAGGAAUUUCUUCCUUCAACGGUUUCGAUAACUUCUACGGCGCUGACAACUUCGUCGGCCACUUCUCCAGCGAGACCGUUGUCGAGCACGAGUCUGAGGUCGUUUGCCACAGCGAGUCUAUUGAGAUCAUCCAACAGCGUCUCCUCGUAAUCCAGGAGAUGGCCAAGAGGAUCAUCACUGAGCAAAUCUGCGAGGUUGAGACCCAAACUGUUGUCUUCGAACAGUUCCACGCCUCCCUCGGCUCGUUCAGCAGCGACCUCCGCCGCACCUCUGGCCACCAGGUCGGCUACGACAGCGGCAUCUCCAGCCACUUCGGUGACAUCGUCUCCUCCGACGACUCGCUGUCCACCGACGACUUCGGCUUCUCCGGCAAGGAUCUUGGAAGCCAAUACGUUGUCCCAUCUGGCUCCAACUGGAACCCUUCGACCUCCCCUGCCUCCGUCGGCGCCGCCUACAGCGCUGCCCAGGCCGCCAUUUAA